AUCCUUCCCCUCCGUGGCUCCGCCUCCGUGUUUGACUCCGGCGGCUCGUGGAGUCGUGGUCUUCCUCGGCUGCCUUCUCCAUCCCGCCGAGCCUGAGCUGCAAAAUACUACCACUGAGAAGAAAUGGCGAGUGUGGCCUCCUCGAGGUGCCCCGGCCUUCUCCUCCGGCCGAGCCUCGCCGGAGCCCGAUGCUGCCCGCGCCCGUCCUCUUCCCUCCGCCUCCGUUCGCGGUGGGGCCGGCGCCACCCGAGGACCCUCGCUUGCGUCGCGCCGCCGGACUCCGCGGAGCCACAGACGGAUGAGCAUACUGUGAAAGCUGAGUCGACUGAAGAAGAGGCUCAGACAACCAGCACAACCCAGGAUGCUGGACUUCCAGCUCUCCCAAACAAGGAUCUCAACAGAAGGGUUGCAUUACUGUCCACUCUUGGGGCAGUGGCUCUCUUUGCAUCGCAGAGGCUCAAUCUUAGUGAGGCAUCUCUUAAAGAUCUUGCAGCCAAUGCUGUGCCAUAUGAAGAGGCUCUUUCAAAUGGCAAGCCCACUGUUGUUGAAUUUUAUGCGGACUGGUGUGAAGUUUGCCGAGAGUUAGCUCCAGAUAUCUACCAAGUUGAGCAACAAUACAAGAACAUUCCAUCGAAUCCUUGUUAUAGGCAUGGCAACCAGGAUCUGAAGGUGCUACACUGCAGGGACCGUGUCAAUUUUGUCAUGUUGAAUGUCGACAAUACAAAGUGGGAACAAGAGCUUGAUGAGUUUGGAGUAGAAGGCAUUCCUCAUUUUGCCUUUCUAGAUAAGGAAGGAAAUGAGGAAGGCAAUGUUGUUGGGAGACUUCCAAAACAGUAUUUUCUUGACAAUGUGGUCGCACUUGCUUCUGGUGAUCCCAACAUUCCUCAUGCACGAGUUGUUGGUCAGUUCUCAAGUGCCGAGUCUAGGAAGGUUCAUCAAGUUGCUGAUCCCAGAAGUCAUGGCUAGUAGUUGUUGGCCGUGUGGUAGCAGGAUAAUGCCAAGACCAUUUGACAAGAGGCGACCCUAAGACUAUGCUAUUAACACAAUCACUGUCUCUUGGUAUCAAGCUUGCGGGAGCUGGAAACACAGUAAAUGCCAGAAGAAAGUGCUACAGCAAUCGUCUAUGCCAGGUCAUGAGGAUGUGAUGUGCCUGUGUUGAUUCUGGGGACCCGUCUUCAGCGUUGAUUUGUCAGUGAUAGGGAAACGGUUGCAUCUUGUACUGAAAAAAAUGCAGAGGUACUGACAUAGUACGUCAGUACAACCCCGAAUGUGCAUGUACCACUACAUUAUCAAUGUUUUCCAGCAGGGUGUAGGGGCUACUGGCCCAUGAAAGCAGCUCACUCCUACUCGUUGUUCGUGUAACACAUGCUUAUUGUGCUGCUUUCAGCCUUGAUAUCUAUCCCGAUCGACCAUAUUCGGUCUCCCAUUAUGACCGCCAAGUCA